AUGCACCCCACUCUUUCUAUUCCUUGGGUUGUUGGGAGCAUCUUCCAGCACUGUGUUAAGGACGACGAGGCAGAUGAGAUUACCAACAAAGUUCUUUUCUCUGUACGGGCAAGAUACCAACUAGCAGGUGUCUGCCGUGUUUGGAGAGGGGUCGUACAUUCUCGCUUUUUCAACAAGCUCUAUAUUCGCCUAGAGGAAAACCCCAAAUACAACAGUCGCACUCGAACCGAUUCUAGCUCGACCCCCGACAGUAACGCAGAGGUGCUAGAAGCAGUAACGGUUAGCCCUGACAGGCGCUUUCGUUACACGACAAACAUCGUGUUCCAUCCCCUAUCCACCCAGCUGCGCCAUGUCGUCCUCCAUAUAUGCGGUGACGAUAUUUUCACACAGAGCACCGCUGACUACCUAACCCGAAGGGUGUUUGCCAACCGCGGUUUUCCAUCGGCCAGGACAUUGACGAUCAUAGCACUUAAUCUAGAUAUGUAUGGAAUGGGUAGACGAAACUACAGCCCGCUUGAGGAUACGAUCAGGGAUAUUCUACAGCGGGUGCCGAGCAUUAGCGGAUUUAGACUUAUUCCAAAGGGCAGGAGAAUGGCCAAGAUAAGCAUACAGCGUGCACUUGUUACGCACUUUCACGCUAUUACUUCUCUAAGACUUGGUGCAGCUCCAUUCUUCGAAGACCUCUCUGGACUUGAGCUACCUGCUUUAACCAAUCUCUUCAUCGACUACAACACUGGCUAUAGAGCUGACUCCAUUCCUAUAUUCAACGCUAGCAGGCUCAAGAGCCUACACCUGUAUAGUGUUGAUCUUGCCACGUUCAUGGCAAGACUGGAGUGGCAUGCAGCUGAGAACAUGGCUCGCUUUUCUCAGCUUGAGGUUCUUGAUCUUAGAGUUAGAGUACCCUUGGGCUUUGAGUACCCUGAUGAUGACUGGAGAGCGACCCAUUGUAGCUUUCCCAAACUCCGUUAUCUCAGCCUGCGUAGCUGGUCAAACCAUAUGCCGGACCUAUACUGGCUAUUUGCAGAUGCGCCGCUUGAACGCUUGAAGCUGGCUGGCAACAUUCACACUAUCAGUCAGUUUGAAAUAGCACAAUAUCCUGCGAUGACCAGCUUCGACAUACAGAUCGACGAUCGACUGCAUUCACAGCCUAACCCAGAGCACAUCGUGGCCAACAUUAUCCAGCCGACUUCCUUAUUGCAGAGGCUCACCAUCACCUCAAUUGGCUCAGAUCUGCAGACGCCAUAUGAGUUCGGUUGCAAACUGCUUCGCUAUCUCAAGAUCAGGGAUGCUGUUCCGUUUUGGGCGCUGCGGCACAUUCUCUCUCAGCUUCCAGUACUCAUAAAGCUGGACAUUCGGUGUCCCCUUACGAGGACCGGAAAUGGGAUCAAGUUGACGGAUGUCCAGACUGCAGUACAAUGCUCCCCUUCCACCGUGCUCAGCCAUUCGCUCGAGCAACUUGUGAUACAUAACAGCAGCUUGGCAAGCCAGCGCAAGACCUACAGUGAUAACUUUGCCUUACUUACCUGUACCCUGGCACGUACUCCGUCGCUGGUGAGGUUGUUAAUCCUUGGAGUGGUUCGUGUAAUGGAUGGCUCGCUAAUUCAAGACGUAUUUCAGGACAGGAAAAUAAUGAGUAUCGCCAAGCACUUUGCAGGUGUCAAGGUACGGGCUAGGUCGGACAUUUAG